AUGGCCGGGUCGCCGACCUCCCCUCGGGAGUCUCAACAGGCUGCAUAUCUUUCCCGCCCACAGUCUCCAUCUCUACGAGAAUUUGAAAGGCAGCGAGACCAACAGCAACAGCAACAGCAACAGCAACAUGAAACUGGCGCGGCUGGGUCCCUGGCGGACCGCAAUCUGCCCGCCAUCUCGACAUAUUGGGAAGGUAGCCGGUUUCAACACGAACAUCACGACGAUUACGAACUGAGUCCUAGUUCUCCCCUCGAUGUUUCUGGGCUUCAAUUCGCCCUCCCUCCGGACAUACAUCCGCCCCAGCCUGCGCUGCCCGAGCCAGCUCCCCGCCCUUCAAACCCCUAUGUGACCCAGACUCCCUACUAUGAAGAAGCCCCCCAAGACGAUUACUUCGAUUCCGACCGUGCACCCCUUACCUCGACCGCUCAACCCAUCUCUGGCGCUUCGUUGAGCACACCCCAGGCCGAGUCUCAGCCGAGAGAUAGCUUUCAGACUGUGUCAGAUAUCGAUAACAGUCCCCGACCGCGUGGGCGGUCUUCUAAUUUACUUGGUUUUGGUUUGGAUAAUCCAGACUCUAGGCAUCGCAGCUAUGGCGACUCUCUUGUGCCUGCCGACCAUCGGAUCUCUCGGAUUCAAGGCACAUCUGAUGCGCUACAUAGGGCUGGAUCCAUUGUUAGGGCCAUGUCCCAGCGUGUUGUCAACAUCGGUGGUGAGGGCGAGUCUCUCGAGCAACGUUCAAGAUCGCCAAGUGCCGAUGGACGGCGAAGUACCGAUGGCCGUCGCCCAUCAGCGAGCCGUACGCAUUCGCAGAUUGGCAUCGAUACGUCCUAUCAAUCCCAAGUGUAUCCAUCCUCGCCUCUCGAGAAACGAGCCCAGCCUGAUUGGGAUACCCCUGCGCCUGCCCUCCCACCCCGUCGAACUGGACCAAUGCCCAAUCCACUCAAAGGCCGCUCACUCGGUAUAUUUCCUCCUGACAACAUCCUCAGACGAAAGUUGUGUGAUGUUUUGGUCAAUCCGUAUCUGGAACCGACGCUUCUCGUGUUGAUAGUAUUACAGGCUAUCCUACUUGCUGUCGAGGCAGCAAAUAAUGUUAAUGAUGAGGAACAUGGACGAAAACCAUUGUGGGACCCGUCUUCUGCAAUUAACUGGGCAAUCCUCGUUCUUUUUAUUAUAUUCACUGUUGAAAUUAUUGCACGCAUCAUAGUCUCUGGAUUUGUAUUAAAUCCAGCCGAAUACAGCACUGUCGAUCGUAAACGAGGGAUUCGAACUGUCAUCUCAGAUCGAUACAACACUGUUUUCAGGCCUCAACGCCAUAAGUCUGUUCACGCCCCCCGGCAAGAGGCUUAUGGCCCCUCGACAUUUGCUCGUUCAUUCACUAUGAUGCAUAGCAUGCCAGAGACGGUUGAAGAGCAAAUGAGGCUACAACUUGCGCGUCGUGCAUUCUUACGCCAUGGUUUCAAUCGACUUGAUUUCGUUGCCGUUGUGUCUUUCUGGAUUGCGUUUCUGUUAAGCAUUACUGGCAUAGAGGCCAAAUAUCAUCUGUAUAUUUUCCGAAUGCUUAGCUGUCUUCGUAUCAUCCGACUCCUUGCUCUCACGAAUGGUACUGCGAUCAUUCUAAGAAGCUUGAAGAAGGCAGCGCCGCUACUCCUUCGAGUUUCAUUCUUGAUUGGUUUUUUUUGGUUAUUGUUUGCGAUAGUCGGAGUUCAAAGCUUUAAAUCAAGCUUUAGCCGUCAGUGUGUCUGGCUAGACCCUCAGGACCCCAACAACCUCACGGCGGCAUAUACUAAUGAGAUGCAAUUCUGUGGUGGUUACAUCCACAAUGAGACACUCAAACCCCAUGUUUGGGUUAGGCUUAACAACACAAAUACGAACCCAGACACUUUAGACCUUAUUCCUGCGUCUGGAGGUGCCAAGGGAUACAUUUGUCCUCGCAAUUCCAUUUGCCUGGAACAGAAGAGUCCUUAUAAUGAAACAGUCAAUUUUGAUAAUAUCAUCCAGUCCCUGGAAUUGGUGUUCGUCAUCAUGAGUUCAAAUACAUGGUCUGAUCUUAUGUACUACACUACCAAUUCGGACUUCCAGGCUGCCGCCCUCUUUUUUGGCGCUGGCAUCAUUAUCAUGAUGCUAUGGCUUAUUAACCUGCUGAUUGCGGUCAUCACUUCUUCUUUUCAAGUUAUACGUGAAGAGAGUAAAGCGAGCGCGUUUACCGCCGAUCAGGAUCCUCUUCUCGUGGAUCCCCAAGAGCCACAGGUACAAAGGGUAUCGUGGUUGCAAAGAAUAUAUGAUAAGACGUCGCUGAUAUGGGUACUUCUUAUUGCAUAUGAAAUAUUUGCCCAAGGUUGGCGAAGUGCAAACAUGGGACCGCAACGCAGGAACUUUAUCGACGCAUCUACUUAUCUCGUUACUGCUUUACUCGAUAUUGAAAUCGCAAUUCGAAUUAUUGCCAACUGGAGAUAUUUUCAUCGGAGUAAACGCAACCUAGUCGAUCUUUUUCUUGCUCUUGCCAACACAAUUAUUCUCUUACCACCAAUCCGAAACAGCGGCCAGACUUACGCUUGGCUCACAAUAUUUCAAAUUCUUCGUGUCUACCGUGUGGUACUAGCAAUUCCCAUAACCAGAGACUUGAUCUUGUUAGUCCUCGGAAAUGCCAGUGGUAUUGGGAACCUCAUCAUAUUUGUUUUCUUGAUCACAUUUAUUAUGGCUAUCUUUGCGGUUCAACUUUUCCGUGGUGAGAUACCGCUGCAUGACGACGGCGGAGAGCUGAUCGAAGUCUCUUUUUACAACAUUUACAACUCGUUUCUGGGUAUGUACCAGAUUCUCUCAAGUGAAAAUUGGACGGCUAUACUUUACAAUGUGACGUCGUACACAACUUCUCGAAGCACCGCCUGGUAUGGUGCCAUUUUUCUCAUUGCUUGGUUCAUUCUUGCUUUCUUUAUUCUUGUCAAUAUGUUCAUUGCUGUCAUUCAAGAAAACUUUGAUGUAUCCGAAGACGAGAAACGAUUGGAACAAGUUAAGGCCUUUCUUCAAAGAAAGGAGCUAGGCAGCACAGCUGGAAGUAACGUUGCUCUAUCAGAGAUAUUCUCGUUCAGAAAACAAAGGCAGAGACGAAAUCCAUUAGAUUACGGGCCGGCUACAAUGGAAAUGCUUCUGAAAGACGCUGUCGUCAGAGAGUUUCUUGACGACUCCCCUGAUGCUGCUUCUCAUCAACCACCCAAUGGUGAAACACCCGAUACCGAAACUCCUCCCCCUGGCACCAUGGGCACGGAGAAGAAACCCAGCUUUUUGCGUUCUGUGACCAGAACAUUUGAGAAAAAUACCCGGAAUAAAGAGCCAAACCCGUUCUACUCCAAUCUCCAGUUUCAAGGACCAAGUGAUACGCUGGAUCCGCGACAAAUGGCAAGACAAGUCGUGUCUGCUGCUCUGGAGCGUCGCAAAGCGCAGAGGGAGUACUUACGGCGUCAUCCAACUUACAACAAUGCACUCUACAUUUUUACGCCUCGAAAUCCUAUUCGAAGGCUUUGUCAGCGCAUUGUUGGUCCUGGAAGGGGUAGCGAGCGAUUUGAUGGCGUUGAACCAAACAAAAUUGUUUGGUAUAGCUUCUCGGUCUUUAUUUAUGCGGCAAUCAUUGCUGUGGUGGUCAUUGCUAGCAUUACGACUCCGCUCUAUCAGAAGCUAUACCUCGAAGAACAGCAUUUGACAGAAGACAAUCGUACGUUUGCUGUAUUAUUCACAGUCGAAGCUGUGAUUAAAAUCAUCGCUGAUGGUUUUUCGUGGGGGUUCAUAGACGCUGUGGUCUUGGUCACGUUAUGGAUUAACGUUUUCACUCUAAUUUUCAAUGACGGAUCUGUGUCUCGAGUUGUAGGCGCGUUCAAAGCCUUAAGGGCUCUGAGACUGCUUAAUAUCAGCAACACUGCCAGGGAUACAUUUCAUUCACUCAUUAUUGUUGCAGGCUGGAAGAUUAUUAGUGCGGCCCUAGUCUCACUUUCCCUCUUGAUCCCAUUCGCAAUAUAUGCCGUGAAUCUUUUCUCUGGAACGCUCCUCAAUUGCAAUGACGGCGAUGUUGAGAGGCUUAUUGACUGCUUUGGCGAAUUUAAUAGCUCACCCUCCAAUCCUGAUUGGCCGCUACUAGCUCCCCGCGUUGCCGAUAACCCAUUCUUUAACUUUGACGACUUCGGAGCAUCUCUCUUCAUCCUUUUCCAGAUCGUUUCGCAAGAAGGGUGGAUUGACGUGUCGUUUGCUGUUCAGUCAAUAACAGGAAUCGGUCUCCAGCCUCAGGAGAUGGCAUCACGUGGCAAUGCGUUAUUCUUCGUUGUAUUCAACCUCCUUGGUACCGUUUUUGUUCUGACCUUGUUUAUUUCUGUGUUCAUGCGCAACUAUACAGAACAGACUGGUGUUGCGUUCCUAACAGCUGAACAAAGAACUUGGCUUGAACUUCGAAAGCUACUGCGCCAAAUUUCGCCUUCGAGAAGCUCCUAUGAUGAGUCUAAGAAUAAAUGGAAGAAGUGGUGCUACAAGAGAGCUAUCGAAAAACGCGGAAAGUGGUAUACUGGCAUCACCAUCGUCCUGGUCCUCCAUCUAGUUCUGCUGCUGCUCGAAUAUUACCCUGAACCGGAGUGGUGGACCCACACUAGGGACCUCAUUUUCCUUCUUUUCACGUUGAUAUAUAUCUCCAACAUAAUCAUUCGUAUCGUCGGGCUGGGCUGGACACGGUUCAGAAGAAGCUCGUGGGACGUCUACUCACUUGUAGCCGUAUUUGGUGCGUUCAUAACAUCACUCGUGUUGAUUAAAGAGGACGACCAGGAGACAUUUGUGCAACUACACAAAGGCUUCCUCGUUAGCAUUGUACUGCUUCUUAUUCCCCGAAAUGAUGCCCUCGAUCAGCUUUUUAAAACCGCUGCCGCAAGUUUGACAACCAUCAUCAAUCUGCUUGCCACCUGGCUAGUGUUCUUCGUUGUCUUCGCCAUUGCUCUGACACAAGUAUUCAGUCUGACACGCUUCGGCCCUGAAGAAGAUAACAAUGUCAAUUUCAGGAAUGUUCCAAACGCCUUGAUUCUUCUCUUCAGAACAAGUCUUGGCGAGGGAUGGAACGCAAUCAUGGAAGACUUCGCACAAAUUAGAGGGCCACUUUGUGUUCAGAGUCGAUCAUUCUUUGAAAGCGAUUGCGGUGACAUAGCAUGGGCUAGAACGCUCUUCAUUGCUUGGAACCUCAUCAGCAUGUAUAUCUUUGUCAAUCUUUUCAUCUCGCUUAUUUAUGAGAGCUUCAGCUACGUGUACCAACGCUCGAGUAGCAUGGCGCACAUCGAUCGUGAUGAGAUUCGAAGAUUUAAAGAAGCCUGGCGGAGUAUUGACCCAACUGGUACUGGCUUCAUCUCUAAAGAGGCAUUUCCGAGGCUGUUAGGAGAGCUCUCUGGUGUAUUUGAGAUGAGGAUAUACGAACAUGAGGACUCUGUCAGUCGAAUCCUUGAAGAUGUGCGAGGUGGUGAUUCAAGACCCGGUCGACAUGCAUCCAUCACUACAGCGAGUGAUCUUAGUGGAGUGGAUCUUCGGAAGCUAAACGAAAGACUUGCGUUGAUUGAUGUUGAAGGUGUACGAGAACGACGGCGCCGCUAUAACAUUUUUUACGAGGAAGUUAUGGUAGCUGCAGAUGCAAGCCGUGGUAUAUCUUUCACAACUGUAUUGAUGAUCAUGGCGCACUACAACAUCAUCAGUGACAGCAAAAGUUUAAGGUUAGAAGAAUUUCUCCGGCGCCGUGCUAGACUUCAACGUGUAGAAGAGGAAGUCAACCGAAAGAUUGUGCUAGGCUUCUUUAACACACUUUAUUACACUCGCCAAUUUAGGCGCCACAUGGACAAGAAACGAUCUGGACGCAUGACGGCUAUUCCACAACUUGACGUGCCUGAGAUUCUUGUCGAUGAUGAAAGCGAUCGAGCUCGUAAUCGCUCUCAGACAGCGCAACAGCAACAACGCACAACACUAGCUGUCCCGCCGACCCCAGGGACAUCAUCAGAUUUCCUAACGGUGUCUGAUGGCGCACGGUCGCACAGAAGCUGGACCUCAGGGGCGGACAUAUCUACAUAUGAUGUGACACAGUCACAUCCUUUAAGCGCCCCCCGAGCUACACCUACUGCGUCCGGUAACCACCCAGAGAGGUCGGCGUACAGCUUUGAUAUACAGGAAAGCAGCGAUUCCAAUGGCCGCCAACGACAAGGAAGUGAUGUUAGUCCUGCACAGGUUCGGAGCUUCCUAGAUGAUUCGGUAUGGGCUGAAAGCAUACGGCGUAGUGCGACUGUGCGCAAGUCAGUAAGACGGUCAGACUGGAUGGGCCGUCCUGGAUGAAAUUUAUUGGCCUUAUAAUCAGGACAACAAUUUUCAUAUGCGCGAAUGAGCACAUUCGUCGCGGUGGCUAGGCUAUAGACGAUUACAAAGACGAACUGGUGGCACGAAUCUAUAUAUGCCGCAUGAGUAAGCUUUUGGAAUCCCAACCCUCGAAGGUUACUAAGGAGGGAGGGGGAAAAAGGAUGACAGUGGCUGCGUAUUUUGAUGUGCCAACUUUUUAGCAUUACGCAGCGCGGGUUAGCAUGUACGACACAAUGAUAGAUUACGGACGGACGAGCUGAUGAAAGCUAAAUCCGGGAAACCUCAGGCCACAACUAGACAGAGAUA